AUGCUUUCUAAGAGUUUUAUAUUAUCACAUGUAAAUUGGUGUCAAAUCAGUAAAUUAUUUCCUGUGAAUUCAUUUAUUUUAUUACAAUGUCAAUGGAAUCAUUCUAUCCAGUCAUAUAAUCAGACUAAUAAUAAUAAUAAUAAUAAUGAGGACAGUAGUGAAUUUCUAGAAAAGCUUAAUGCUGCUAAAGACAAUCCUCCUAGUGGAUCAGCUUUAUAUCAAGAUGAUGAUCAUUUUUCUCCAGUUGUUUUCCCUGAUCCCAUAUUCAAUUGGGAAUCUAUCAGAACUAGCUUAAACGCUAGACGUAUGCAUGAACGAUUCAAUAUUGAUAAAAUUAUAGAUUUAAAAAAGCAAAUGGAUGGUAUUCAUGAAAAAAUAAAUGCCUUAAAAGAAGAUAGAAUUUCACUUCAGUAUCAAUAUGAACACAAUAAACAGGAUUCAGAUGAAGUUAAAGCUGCUGCACGUGCAUUACGAAGUGAACAAAAGUCACUAGAGGUAUCAUAUAAGAAGUUGGAUUAUGAAUUUAAAAAAGAAUCACUCAAUUUACCCAAUAUCAUACAUUCAUUAACUCCUGUCGAUGCAAUGAAGUCACAGAAUCCAAUUAAAUCAUACCGUAAGAACAUUUGUACCAGUAAAAAGGUACUUUGGUCUAAUCUAGCAGAUGAUAAUUACAAUGAGGUUAUCGGAACAUAUUAUACUGGUCGUUUAGCGGAAUUGGAAUACACUCACAUGAAUAAAGUAAAUGACUAUUGGCUCAGUCGCAUGAACGAAGGACAAUCAUGUAAUUAUCCUGUUUGUCUGUCAGACAUUAUUCGUGGACCGGCGUUAGAGGCCACUUCAUGGCCAAGUAUAAAAUCUGCAAUUCGAUUAAGACCGUCGAAAAAUGAUAUGUUGUUAGUGGAAGAUCCGAAUACUGGAAUUAGUAAAUGGCUCAUCAAUCCUCAUACAACUGAUUACUUAGUCGGUUCAGCUAGUCUUGCAGCUUUUUCGGCUUAUCUUAUGCUUCAUAGAGCUAAUCUGUUCACUAAUUCAUAUUUACGCCUCGUUUCUAAAGGAUCUGUUUAUAUCAGUGACAAUGGAAAUGACAUUACUCAUAAUUUAUCUGGUGAUCAAACUAUUCAACCCAGUUUCAAAUCCCCUUUUCAUCAAUCCAAACAGAUAUCUCUCCUUGAGCUUUCGAAAGAUUGGAAUCAAUGUGAAGCUGGUUUUCACGUUUUAGUUGAUGAGUUAUUCAGAUUUUGGCAACAUUAUCAACCAGGCUGGUCAUACAAAUUGACUUAUACUGAGGCUCCCAAUUUAUAUGCAUGUGAAAUGUUACGUGCUGUUUUGUAUACCGACAUGAAGACAUCAAGUGAUAUCGAGAUUUCCAUUCCUCUUGCUUCAGUUUCUUUAAUGGGCGAUUGGAUUUCAAGACGAAUUAUAACCAAACUUAAGAAAAGUGAUAAAAUCAAUAGAGAUUGCGAAUCAUAUCCUUAUAUGGUGUUCAUGAAUGCAUGGAACUUUCAAUGUUUAUUGGAUUCAUUUAAACAAAUAGGGUAUAUGGACGAGUAUUCAUCUGUAAAUAUGGAUUGAGUUAUCUUCGUAAUUUUUAUCAUCUAAUUACCGUUUUUAUUUCGUAAGAAAAAUAACUAGGGGGUUUACAUUCUUUGUAUACAAUAAUCUGUGUAUUAUGUACCUUCUUUUGUAAAUGUGUGGUAUCUGAAAUAAACGAAUACUUAUCACGA